AUGAACCACCUCCUUAUGUUUGCUGUGCUGCUCACUGCUGGUGAUUUUGACACCCACGGGGUGGAAGAAAAUGGCGAACAAAUGCUUAAAGAUGUGGUUAAAAUAGAUGGCAGUAUCUUUAAAUCGUACGGUUGCUACUGUGGAGUUGACGACAUCGGUCACGGUGAUCCCAAGGAUUAUAUUGAUGUAUGUUGUCAGAUCCGUAACUGCUGCUACAGAUCUCUAAAGGCUUACCUGUGUGACGCCAAAACGACGAGCUACAACUACACUUAUGACAGCGAAGGUGUCGAAUGCUAUGUGGCAAACCAUUCCUCGUGGUGUAAAACACGCACCUGUAUGUGCGACAGAUAUUAUGUGAUCUGCCUACUGGAUUCCCAUGGUUUAUUCAACCCGGACUUUAUUCCCUUGGGGAGAAGGGACUGCUCGGACGCCCCUCCACGCUGCUGA